AUGUCAGGUGAUAAUUUUGUCACCCUAUGCACCAGUUUAGGGGGUUACGGCUUCCGUUUUCCCGAGCACGUGACUGAAAUGGCAACUCUGACAGGCUCUUUUUCGCGCCCGUUUGCGGCUUUCGCUUCGCUGUUUUGUUGCUCGGAGCAGGUUCAGAGAUCGAGACAUUUGUACCGCUGCUCAAGUGAAUUCUUCGCAAUGGGAAAAUCAGAUGCGAAAAGGACGUCAAAAAGGAAGCGCGGUGGAGACGGAGAAACGGCGGACACGGAACAACACAGUGCGGCUGCGAAUAACGCGCAAGAAACGUCAAAGAAACCGAAGUCGGAAGCCGGCGAGCAAGAUGGAAGCGGAGACGUAAAUAAGAAGCCGUGGAACUUAAAACUGUGCUCUUGGAACGUCAAUGGAGUGCGCGCCUGGCUUGGGAAAGACGGUCUUGAAUACCUAAAGAGGGAGCAACCCGACGUCUUCGCCAUCCAAGAAACCAAGUGCUCCGAUUCGAAGUUGCCUCCGGAAAUCAAGAGCGUCGACGGCUAUCAUUCGUACUUUUUAGCUGGAGACCAAGAGGGUUACUCCGGAGUUGGGCUUAUGUCGAAAAUAAAACCGCUUGACGUCAAGUACGGAAUCGGUGUGGAGAAGCACGACAAGGAAGGAAGAGUGAUAACAGCGGAGUUUGAAAAAUUCUACCUCGUCGCCGUCUACGUUCCAAACGCCGGAAAGAAGUUAGUGCGGCUGGAUUACCGCAUGGACUGGGACAAAGACUUUCGCGCCUAUUUAAAGGAACUAGAGACCAAAAAGCCAGUUGUUCUUUGCGGCGACAUGAACGUCGCGCAUCAAGAGAUCGAUCUCGCCAACCCCAAAACGAACAAAAAGAAUGCUGGCUUUACUCAAGAGGAACGCGACAGCUUUUCAACCCUGCUGGAUAGCGGUUUCGUGGACUCGUUCAGGCACCUCUACCCGGACAAGAAAGGAGCGUACACCUUUUGGACUUACAUGAUGAACGCCAGAGCCAAAAAUGUUGGCUGGAGGCUGGACUACUUCAUCCUGUCCAAUGCUUUAGAAAGCAACAUAAGCGACAGCUUAAUUCACAGCGAGGUGAUGGGGAGUGAUCAUUGCCCUGUUGUUCUAUUGCUGAACGUUUGAGGCCAGCUUCAAGUCAAACCAAGUUCCUGCAAACAUUGUUCUCUGUUCUGUUCUCAUUUUUCAAUUCUGCAGCC